AUGUCAAACUCAAACCCAUCAUCCCCUUCACCAAACGAUGACGACGAGCCGCUACACGAUCUCCCUAAAGCACGGUUUUGGGACGCCGUGGACCUCUCCCAGUGGGAAGGCUAUUGGUUUCGUCUCAGCCUCAUGAAGCCGGCCAUCUUCUUCCGUUCAAAUUUCCAGGCCCGAGAUGACGACAUCCUCCUCGCGUCCACCAUGAAAACGGGCACGACGUGGCUCAAAGCCCUAUCCCUAUGCAUCCUUCACAAGAACACACACGACCAUCUUUUAUCACUCGAAAACCCUCAUUUCCACGUCCCCACUAUAGAAGCCAUGACAUAUGCGACCAAAAACCUACCCGUCGAUGUUUACGACACGUCAACUCCUCAUCUCCUCCACACACACCUUCCCUACGCCGUUCUCCCGGACUCCGUCAAGAACUCCGCGUGCAAAAUCGUGUACAUUGCACGUAACCCUAAGGACACCCUCAUCUCGAUGUGGCACUUCUUUAACAAGGUCUAUAGGCCAAACGAGAAUCCAUUCCCACUAGAAGAAGCGCUCGAUGGAUUUUGUAAUGGAAUUCAUCUGUAUGGGCCGUAUUUCGAUCACGUGGCCGAGUAUUGGGUCGAGAGUCGGAGAAGGCCGGGUAAAGUGAUGUUUGUCAAGUACGAGGAGCUGAAGAGUGAUCCCAAUGGACGUGUUGCGGAGAUUGCGGAGUUCUUGGGGAGGCCAUUUGUGGAUGGGAGGGAGAUUGAUGAAGUGUUGUGGAGCUGCAGUUUGGAAAGGCUCAAGGGUUUGGAAGUGAAUAAGGGUGGUUCUCUUUUUUCCAACAUUCCAAAUAGUGGUGGUUCUAUUUUCAACGUGCCAAAUAGUUUGUUCUUUAGGAAAGGUGAGGUUGGGGAUUGGAAGACCUACUUGACCCCGGAGAUGGAACACCAAAUUGACCAAGUAAGCCGUGAGAAGUUCGAGCCAUUAGGCCUCUUCUUUUAG